UCUAUACUGAAGUAUUCUCAAUUACAGAAAAACUACAAUGGAAACCAUUAAUCCAGUUGAAAUUAAUAAAUUUCUAAUCAUUAUUUUACUCAUCUCAACAUGGAACUGGAGGAUGGUAAAUAGUUUCAAACCUGUUGACAGCUUUGAAAAACCUUUAGCAGAGGCUACAAGAACCAGCUCUGCAAGUUCAAAGACAGUCAGCAAUCAAGCGGCGAAAUCCAGGACAGAAAUUACGAAGAAAACCUCCGAAACAAAUAGCACUUUGUCUGGAACAAUAUUUUUCCCUCUAGAAGAUGCCGUGACAGAAAACAGGUUAGCAAAAAGGCCUCCUUCAUCCAGAACAAAUCUAGAAAAAUCUUCUGAGCCUCUUAUUCUGUCAGAAAAUAUGAGCUCCAUCGACAGAUAUUCAAACCUGAGUCGCACAACAACCGACUUUUCCUCGCCAGUGACGUCUCAACCCUUGAUCAAAAGUUCAACAAACGACAAUAUUACCGACUCAGAAGGACGUCAGCGACGACGAAGAAAGAAAAAUCCUCCUAGGAAGCCAAUAAGAAACAGAAACGUUCUGGAUAACUUGAGGCAUUCAGCCACUAAAACUCUUGAAUCCAUCUUCAAUGGCAACGCUAUUUCUUCCCUUCUUGAAUACGACCCAGGGGCUCCACACUUGCCCGAAUCCUCAGAACCAAAAGCCAUUUUGCCGCCACACGACACGAUGACACAGGCGUUCCAAAACUCGCGGAUCACCAACCUUGGUCCGCAUGAAACCCGCGACUUCAACUCCCCCUACAUCGUCCCGAACCCGGCAGACAUCAGACGCCCUCACCAAUAUUACGGAGGCUCCGGUUACCAAGGAGGAACAUCCGCGUCCUACAGCUACGGCCCGGGAGCUGGGCCCUCAACUGGUCAUAACCACGCCCCUGGGAUCAACAACGGCCACGAUGCAGAGUUGGGGUAUAGAGACUACCCAGUCUACGAAGUUGAAGUGGAAGAGUAUCAUCCAUAUGACAAUGGAGGGGGAUCGUACGGCAGCCAUGACAUCGUCCACAAUGGAGGGGGAUCGUACGGCAGCCAUGACAUCGUCCACAAUGGAGGGGGAUCGUACGGCAGCCAUGACAUUGUCACCGUUACCCAUACUCGCUACAAGAACGUUCCUGUGACUCACUACGUGACGGAUACGCGCACCGACUACAUCACGCACUACAAGACGCACUUCAGGACCAAGGUACUCGAGGUGCCUGUGACGGCGUACAGUACGCAAGUGAUCCCUCGAGAGGUGCCCGUGUACACCACUCUGUUCAACACCAAGUACCACACCGAGUACCACACACUCACCACUAACUACCACCACACAUUACACUACACCAGCACCGUGUACCGCACCGAGGUGCUCACCAACUACAUCACACAAACAAAACAUAAAACAUAUACAUCGGUCAUCCACACCACAGUCUAUGAACCAGUGUAUCUAACCUCCACAUUUUACAAAAGCCAAUACAUCACCACCACUCACAUCAGGGACAACUACAUCACUACCACGUCCUUCAGACCUGUCUACGUCACCACAACGUCUCUCGAACGUUUCUACGAGACCGAGACUGUGGUGACACCGCAUUACGUUACCACCACGUUCUUCAAAGAGCUCUACAGCACCAUAACUAAACCUGUGUAUAUCACGACUACAGAACAAAUUUACAAAACAGUGCCUGUCUAUUUCACCACCACACAUGUCAACAAACACAUUAUCAACACAGCAGUCAAGUAUCAUCAUCGUUCCGAUGAUCUUCAGGUUGACCACACCUCGGAAGCGAUCAACAAACACUGAGAUUUGUUCGCUUCCGACGAUGACGAAACGACGACGAAACGUCAGCUAUGGAAAGAUCGGGUUGCAAAGGCCGGAUCCCUUGUGAAUCAA